UUAAGAAAACGAUGUGAAACAAAAAAUAAAUAAAUAAAUAAAAAGCCUCUGGCUUUUUCAGCUUCGAAGGUGCCUUUGAAUUUUCCGUACAGCUCGCUUUUCAUUCUCCGCACGAGACGGAGAGAUACCUAUAAAAACGGAGGAGAAACAAAGUUGUGAUUCGCUUCGCCGCCCACAGCUGUCUUUGCCGUAAUCAGUACCUGUUGUAGUUUCUGUCCGUAACGUCCCCGUUUACCCUUUGGCGGGAACCUUCUGGGUUCUGAUUGGGGUCCUCUGAGACGCGGCAGGGUUCUGAUCGCGAGAGUUAGGGAUUCGAUUCUGAAAUUUUGAGUUUUGGGGAUCUAGGUUUGUGUUUUUUUGUUUUGCCUCUCUCUGGGAGUGGCUUUCGCGGGUGGUGGGAGCUUGAUGGAGAAUCCACUGGGAGCGCAUGAUGAGAGAAAUCGGCAUGCGUCGUCGUCUUUCGCCGGGAGAAUCAACGGCUCCGGCAAUCCGACGGCGGAGACGUCGGGUAUGAUGCAUAACCCUGGAAUUUCCAUGGAGUGGACCCCCGACGAGCAGGCGAUUCUGGAGGACGGCUUGGUGAGGUAUGCAUCGGAAUCAAAUCUCUCUCGUUACGCGAAAAUCGCGAUGCAGCUUCGUAACAAGACUAUCAGAGAUGUUGCCCUGCGAUGCAGGUGGAUGACGAAAAAAGAAAGUGGGAAGAGAAGAAAAGAAGACCGGAGUUUAUCAAGAAGAGGCAGAGACAAAAAGGAAAGAACUGUUGAUGCUUCAAACUCAUCUGGGUUAGUGACCCAGACCAACAAUCAGAUCUUUGCACCACCUCUUGUUCCUACAGCACUUGUUGCAGGGGCCACUAGCGAGGUUCUUAGAGAAAAUGAGCAGAUGUUCAAUGAGAUUUCUGGAAAUCUUGCAUCCUUAAAGCUCAAAAAGAACAUCACUCACUUCUCCAAAGUCCGGGAUAACAUACAGAAACUUCUCGACAACUUUGACAAUGAUGAACCUGAGAUGAUGAAGCAAAUGCCACCAAUCCCGGUGAAGAUGGAACAUGAGCUUGUAAACACCAUCAUUCACUUUUCAGGAUUACCGAUGCAACCCUCCUUACCGCCGUCUCAGCAGAAAAAAUCUUAGCUUGCGAAUCAAGGAACUGGUCGGGUUCAUCCAUUUUUGCCGUUGUUAUCAGUAUUCUUGCUCUGUUCUGACAGAAACCCUAGGGUUUUGUGCUUAGUGAUGAACAGUUUUCAGUGAUCUUCAGUUAUUAGCAUUCAGUGAUUUUUCUUCUUCUUC